AUCAACGCGAAGAGAGACUGCCGACUUUGGACAAGGCUGUUGAUGAAAGAGCCGAACGCAGUCGGGCUUUAUUUGAUGAAACGCUUCGCGACGAGUACCAAAAUACACUGGAAGGGUUCCAUGAGGCGUUCUACGAGAGACUGAAUGCGCUUGGUGACAACUACGUUGCUGAACUGGAACUGCUGACUAUAACUUUGAAUAAGGCUUAUUAUCGUGAAAAAUCUGAAGCUGAACGAGAACGCAAUCACGCUUUAAUUGAAGAUGGUGGCCACCUCGAGAAAGAGAAACUGAUGACUUCGGAGGACGCUCAUCGUGAAAAGUCGGAUCGUUUAGACGAAGCGUCUCGCAAGGGUGACCAACGGCAACGUAAACUAGAUGCGUUUUACGCAGAUUGGGGACGUAAACUAGAAGCUCUUCGCGAC